GAGCAACAGACCGACCGGCCUAGGCGCUUUUACGACCGGCCUAGGCGCUUUUAUUGAGAUCAUCGACACCAGGAAUUUUCUUCUUGAUUGGUCUUCUUCCUCCCUUCCCUUCCCGUUCCCUUUCGUUUCCCUGGCACUUUUUCUGUUUACUUUGUUUUGCUUCACCUAUCGCCGGAACAUCGGGAAACACCUCCGCCUGGGUCCACCCGACGCGCUGGAGCCUUCCGUGUCUGCCUUCCGGAGCCGGGAUCUGGGAUCUGACUCGCUUCGGCGCCGGCUGCUGAUUGUGGAACAAGGAAAGUUCGGGUAACUCCCAAACUACCCCGCAGCCCCGCCACGGCGACCGUCACCAACGUCGAACCGUUGAACCGCUCGCACGAAGCUGCCUGCCCAAGCCAACCGUUCCCGGGAACUGGGCCGAAAUACCUACCUACCGAAUUCAUCCAUUGCCCUCCCUGCCAAGAUGAUGAGAUCACCGCUCGAGCAGAGGCCGCAGCGGCAUCACGUUGGCCGCGGGGCUGCCGGCGCCCCGGGCUCCGCGUUGCCGGCGCUGCAGAACCGCGCCGGCGAGAGCGACAGCCCGUACGUGCGCCGCCACGCCGACACGCCCGUGGCCUGGCAAAUGCUCGACGCCGACACCUUGGAGCGUGCUGCGGUCGAGAACAAGCCAAUAUUCAUGCACAUCGGCUUCCUCGCCGACCACCUCUGCCAUCUCACAACACAAGACUCCUUCUCCAACCCGGCCGUGGCCGACUUCCUCAACGAGUCCUUCAUCCCCAUCCUCAUCGACCGCGAGGAGCGCCCCGACCUCGACGCCAUCUACCAGAACUACAGCGAGGCCGUCAACGCCACCGGCGGCUGGCCGCUCAACCUCUUCCUCACCCCCGACCUCUACCCCAUCUUCGGCGGCACCUACUGGCCGGGCCCGGGCACCGAGCACAGCGCCGCCGCUGCCCGGAGCGGCGGCGGCGGCGGCGGCGCCUCGGGCGACGAGUCCUACCACGACUUCCUCGCCAUCGCCAAGAAGAUCCACAAGUUCUGGGUCGAGCAGGAGGAGCGGUGCCGCCGCGAGGCCUUUGAGAUGCUGCACAAGCUGCAGGACUUUGCGCAGGAGGGCACCUUUGGUGCAGGCUCGGGAGGCGGAUCAUCAGGAGCAGGCGGAGAGGCGACGGUUGCGAGUGCUGGUGCUGCUGCUGCUGCGGCAGGCGGCGCCAACGCAGCGGCAGACGCGAGCGACCUCGACCUCGACCAGCUCGACGAGGCGCUCGCCCGGAUUGCCAAGAUGUUCGACCCGGUCGACUACGGCUUCGGCACGCCCAAGUUCCCCAACCCGGCGCGGCUGUCGUUUCUGCUGCGGCUGGCGCACUUCCCAGCCGAGGUGCGGGAGUUCAUCGGCGAGGAGGAGGUCGAGAGGGCAACCGCCAUGGCGACCAAGACGCUGCGGCGCAUCCGCGACGGCGGCCUGCGCGACCACCUCGGCGCUGGCUUCAUGCGCUUCAGCGUCACCAGCGACUGGAGCAUGCCGCAUUUCGAGAAGAUGGUCGGGGAGAACGCCCUGCUGCUGGGCGUCUUUCUCGAUGCCUGGCUCGGGCAUUCGCGGGCCCGCGAGGGCGAGCUGGCGCUGGACGACGAGUUCGCCGACGUCGUUCUGGAGCUCGCCGACUACCUCACCAGCCCCGUGGUGCGCGCGGAAAGGGGCGGCUUCAUCACGAGCGAGGCGGCCGAUUCCUUCUACCGCCGGGGCGACCGGCACAUGCGCGAGGGCGCAUACUACCUCUGGACGCGCCGCGAGUUCGACCAGGUCGUCGGCGGCGGUUCGACCGACGACCACGCGAGCACGGUCGCCGCGGCCUACUGGAACGUGCAGGAGGACGGCAACGUGCCGCAGGACCAGGACCCGUUUGACGAGUUCAUCAACCAGAACGUGCUGUCGGUCAACGCGGACGCUACCGAGCUGUCCAAGCAGCUUGGCGUGCCGCCGGCGGAGAUCAAGGCCCUCGUCUCGGCGGCGCGGGAGAAGCUGCGAGCGCACCGAGAAAAGGAGCGCGUGCGUCCGGCCCGGGACGAGAAGAUUGUGGUCGCCACCAACGGCAUGGUCAUUGCCGCCCUGGCGAGGACGGCGGCUGCUGUGCGCUGGCUGGAUCCUGACAGAGCGGCCAGAUACCUCCAAGCCGCCCGGGACAGCGCCACCUUCAUCAAGGAGAACCUGUGGCAUGGCCCGGAAAGCAAGACCAACCCGCUGCGCCGCUUCUUCUGGGACAGGCCCAGCCAGACGCCGGCCUUCGCGGAUGACUACGCCUUCCUGAUCGACGGACUGCUGGAUCUGUACACUGCGACGUUUGAACAGCAGUGGCUGGACUGGGCAAGGCAACUACAAGACGUGCAAACCCGCCUCUUCUACGACUCACCAUCCCCACCCACCAGCGAGACAGGCAGCGCCCCCCCGGCCCCGUCCCCACGGCACGCCUACUCGGGCGGCUUCUACUCGACCGAGGCCGAGGCCCUCAGCCCGACCAUCCUCCGCCUCAAGAGCGGCAUGGACAAGUCGCAGCCGUCGACCAACGCCGUGGCCGCGUCCAACCUGUUCCGCCUGGGCACGCUGCUGCAGCAUCUCCCUGGUGGUGGCGUCAGCGGCAGCAGCCAAGGUGGGAGCGGCCAAGGCGGCCAAAAAGCCGACGUCUAUCUCCGGCAGGCCAGCGAGACGGUCGCCGCCUUCGAGGCCGAGAUCCUCCAGUACCCGUGGCUGUUCGUCAGCCUGCUGACUGGCGUCGUCACGGCGCGGCUUGGCGUGCGGAAAAAGGCGGUGGUGGUGGCUGGGCCCGGGAAGGGGAAGGGGGCCGAGGGGGCGGACCAGGUCGCGCUCAGGGCCUGGUAUACCCAGCCCCGGGCCGAGGCGCGCGUGCUGGUUCCUCUCGCUGGUGAUGCUGGUGCUGCUGCCGAGGGGGCGGGAGAGAAGAAGGAGGACGCGCUGGCGAAGGAGGUCGAGGGGCUGACCAUUUCCCGAUCCUCGCGGGCUUGAAGGGGGUGCAGGUGCAUCGGGGCUGGAACGGGGAGUCGCAUUUAUUUAAACUCAGAUGAUCAACGGUUAAGUUAGAAAGGGGCAUGCAGGAGGGGCGGGGAGAGGCGGCGGGAUCUGUCCGACUGUUAUCAUAAACAUAGUAUGUUACGCCGGAGCAUUGGGACGGGCGUUCUGCAUAUCUCGCUCCCGGGCUGACCGGGGGGGUUUGGAGGGCAACUGCCUUAGUUACGAACAUGCAUCAACUAUGGUAACG